AUGGACGCCGUGCUGCUGGAGCACUUCCCCGGGGGCCUGGACGCCUUCCCGUCCCCCUACUUCGACGAGGAGGACUUCUUCACCGACCAGUCCUCCAGGGACCCGCUGGAGGACGCCGAGGAGCUGCUGGGGGACGAGCCGGCCGAGGUGGAACUGCUCAGCCACCAGCUGCAGGAGUACUGCUACCGGGACGGGGCGUGCCUGCUGCUGCCGCCCGCGCCCUCGGCCGCCCCGCCGCCCUCGGGGGCCCCGGGAGAACCCGAAGACUCCGGCAGCGGCGAUUACUGCUGCGGCGCGGGGGUCCCCCCAGGCGGCUUCCCUUACUCUCCCGGCUCGCCGCCCGCCUGCCUCGCCUACGCGCGCGCCGCCUCGGCCUCCGUGCUGCCCCCCGGGGCCCGGCUGCGCGGUCUGAGCGGGGCGGCUGCAGCGGCAGCGGCUGCAGCGGCUGCUGCAGCGGCGCGGCGACGGCGGCGGGUGCGCUCCGAGGCGGAGCUGCAGCAGCUGCGGCAGGCGGCCAACGUGCGCGAGCGGCGGCGCAUGCAGUCCAUCAACGACGCCUUCGAGGGGCUGCGCUCGCACAUCCCCACGCUGCCCUACGAGAAGCGCCUCUCCAAGGUGGACACGCUGCGCCUGGCCAUCGGCUACAUCAACUUUCUCAGCGAGCUGGUGCAGGCGGACCUGCCUCUGCGCGGUGGCGGCGCGGGCGGGGGCGCGAGCGGCGGUGGCGGGCGCCUGGGCAUGGACAGCCUGGGCAGUCAGGCCCAGAAGGUCAUCAUCUGCCAUCGGGGCACCCGCUCUCCCUCCCCCAGCGACCCGGAUUACGGCCUCCCUCCGCUGGCUGGUCACUCUCUCUCUUGGACUGAUGAAAAACAACUCAAAGAACAAAACAUUAUCCGGACAGCCAAAGUGUGGACCCCAGAGGACCCCAGAAAACUCAACAGCAAAUCCUCUUUCAACAACAUAGAGAACGAACCGCCUUUGGAGUUCGUGUCCUGA